AGUUCGGCAAGAAUAGUAGUGUAGAGCGGAGCGAAGGGAAGAGAAAGUCUGAUGAGGCUUCUUUAGUUUCGCCAGUGUCGCUAGUUGCAAAUUGGAAGUACGUAGGAGCGGUUGUUCAACGAAUUAUAAUUCGAAUUGAUCUAGAUUGAAGUGAAUUUGUUCUAAAAGGACUGUUCACCUAAUAGCGUCAGACCGGUACUUGGAAUAAAAUGCCUGUACAGAUCAAAAAUGUGCUCGUGUGUGACGCGGUUGACAGUGCAUGUGUGGAAUUGUUGCAAGAUCAUGGAAUCAAUGUCGACUACAAGUUAAAACUCACCAAGGAACAGUUAGUGAAGGAAGUGAAGGGCUAUGACGCACUCAUUGUACGCUCGGACACCAAAAUAACAGCCGAAAUACUGAACGCGGGUGCCGGACAGCUGAAGGCUGUAGGACGAGCAGGAGCUGGAGUUGAUAACAUUGACAUCGAGGCUGCCACAAAAAAUAAUGUUCUGGUCCUGAACACCCCCGGUGGAAACUCAAUCUCGGCGUGUGAGCUUACUUGCUUCCUGAUUGGGGCACUGGCGAGACCGAUCUGUCCAGCGGCUGGCAGCAUGAAGGAGGGACGCUGGGACCGUAAGCUCUACUCGGGUAGCGAGCUUUACGGCAAAACUCUUGCAAUUCUGGGCCUCGGGCGAAUCGGUCGGGAGGUCGGCGUGCGAAUGAAGGCAUUUGGAAUGCGCGUCAUUGGUUUCGAUCCGAUUACAACGCAGGAGGAAGCCAAGGCGGCCGGCAUCGAAAAGAUGGAACUGGAACAGAUUUGGCCGCUGGCUGAUUAUAUUACCGUACAUACCCCGUUGAUCCCUGCCACAAAAAAUCUCAUUUCAUCAGCAACAUUGGCCAAAUGCCGAAAAGGCGUUCGGGUGGUUAAUGUGGCGCGCGGUGGAAUCGUUGACGAGGCCGCACUUCUCGAUGCGCUACAGAGUGGCCACUGCGGUGGUGCUGCAGUCGAUGUGUAUCCAGAAGAGCCACCGAAAUCGGAAACCACUAAGAAACUAAUCAAUCAUGCGAAGGUCGUUGCUACUCCUCAUCUGGGAGCAAGUACGUCAGAGGCCCAGGUGCGUGUCGCCGUUGAAGUGGCAGAACAAUUUAUAGCAUUGACGGGGACGUCGCAACUUUACACCGAGUUUGCCGGCGUUGUCAAUCGUGAGAUUUUGAAGAAUGUGUUUUAAAUUAAAUUGUUAGCAGAUAAUUCUGCCCGUGUUAUUUAGGCAGAGAUGAAAAUAAACGGCUUAACUCGUUCGUGAGAAUUCUUUCAA